AUGCCCCCAGACAAAAAACUAAGUGAAGUGGUGUUUGAUCCUCCUGAAUACCACAAUUGUAUUGUGGAUUGUCCCAAGUUUAAAUCUAUGCAAGUAUUGCUUAUAGUUGCCAUGUCCUCAAAUAUUAUUCAGUAUGAAGAACAGCAAUGGGUUAAAGUAUAUCGAGAGAAGUUAGAGUCUGUUACAGUUAGUCAAGAUUAUAUUAAAGAUGUUGUUAUAAAAACUGUACAAAGUUAUUGUCCUCUGACAGGAUGGUUAAAUUUCAAGCAAAGUUUAUUUCAUGAAAAAUGCCAUAAUUUAUUAGAAUCUAAUAAAAAUUUGCAAGAUAAGUUUUGUUCAGAUAUUAGAUAUGAACUAUGUCAAAAUGAAUUAGAAAAUCAACAAGCUUCUUUACAAAGAACUGAUGGUGAUUAUAGUUUUACAGUUAGUGAUAGUGACAUAAAUUUACUGAAAAAUAAAAUUGAAGAACUUGUAAAUGAAAUAUGUAACUGUAUUGAGACAUGUGUACUUAUGUUGGGAUUAAUAUAUAAUAAACUACAAAGUGAAAUUAAUGAAGAUAUUUGCUACAGAGUUGUUGAAGAUAUUAUUCUUAUUCCCAUUUGGGAAUAUUUGAUAUUAUUAUUUAGAUGUACGAAUAUUGAAAUUGAAACAAAGAUUGCAAACACAAUGAAAAAAUGUUUCAAGUAUGAACCUAAUGGUUUUGGUUUGAAAAGGCCAUUAAAUAAAAUUGCAUUACGUUCCUAUGCUGAUUCUAUAUCAAAGUUGAAAUCAUCAUCAUCUAUAAAAUCACCAGUCUCUAAAUUAAACUUAUUUGUGCAGACAAUACAGAAAAUUUGUGAAAAUCAUAAAACAGAUGAUAAUGGGUGUCCUGUAACUCCUAUUCUUUUAGGAGCUGAUGACCUCUUACCAAUUCUUAGUUAUGUUUUGGUACAAACUGGAAUGCCUCAUUUACUCUCUGAAUGUGAAGCAUUAGAACAAUUGGUAGAUCAGAGAUUGUUAUUGGGUGAAGAAGGCUAUUGUUUAACUUCAUUUCAAAUGGCUUUUAAAUAUUUAGAAUCCCAAUCUAAUAAAGAAACUUUUAUUUAAUUUAAAUGAUUAAAAGUUCUAUUAUACUAAGUAAACAUAUAAU